AUGUUUGAGACGCCUCCCAGCUCUGACACGCCGGAUUCAUCAGAUCCAGGUGAAAAGUUGAUGGUGGUGGUUGAUUUCAAUCAGAGACACCACCCGCGUCACGGCCGCUACCUGACGGUGGCCGCCAUCUUCCGCGGCCGCAUGUCUAUGAAGGAGGUAGAUGAGCAGAUGCUUAACAUGCAGAACAAGAACAGCAGUUACUUUGUUGAGUGGAUCCCCAACAAUGUCAAGACGGCUGUCUGUGACAUUCCCCCCCGAGGCCUUAAGAUGGCUUCCACCUUCAUUGGCAACAGCACGGCCAUUCAAGAGCUGUUCAAGCGCAUCUCUGAGCAGUUCACGGCCAUGUUCAGGCGCAAAGCUUUCCUCCACUGGUACACCGGGGAGGGGAAGGAUGAGAUGGAGUUUACUGAGGCUGAGAGCAACAUGAAUGACCUGGUGUCAGAAUACCAGCAGUACCAGGACGCCACUGCUGAAGAAGAGGAGGGGUUUGAGGAGUUUGAGGAGGGAGAGGACGAGGAGGACUUGGCCUAA